AUGAACUCUUCAUGUGCCGAUAUCUUGCUCUUCGCCAGCAACAAGUGGAACGUGACUCGGCCUUCGCUUCUUUACGACACAAAGGACGUUAUCGAGCCCAGCACUACGAACAAGUUUUGGAUCGAUGUGCAGCUGCGGUACGGCGACUACGAUUCUCAUGACAUUGAGCGCUACACCCGUGCCAAGUACCUCGAUUACACCAACGACAGCAUGAGUAUUUACCCGUCACCUACUGGUCUGAUGAUUGGUGUUGACCUGGCAUACAACCUGUACUCGGCCUAUGGCCAGUAUUUCCCUGGUCUCAAGGUAUUGGUACAACAAGCGAUGGCCAAGGUUAUGAAGGCCAACCCUGCUUUGUACGUCUUGCGUGAGCGUAUCCGAAAGGGUCUGCAGUUGUAUGCAUCCGAGAGCAACCAAGAAUUCCUGAACUCUCAGAACUACUCGGAGUUGUUCAGCAACCAGACGAAGCUGUUCAUCGAUGACACCAAUGUGUACCGUGUCACAAUCCACAAGACCUUUGAGGGUAACUUGACGACGAAGCCUAUCAACGGUGCUAUCUUCAUCUUCAACCCGAGAACCGGUCAGUUGUUCCUGAAGAUUAUUCACACCAGCGUUUGGGCUGGUCAGAAGCGUCUGGGUCAAUUGGCCAAGUGGAAGACCGCCGAAGAAGUCGCUGCACUUAUUCGGUCUCUACCUGUGGAAGAGCAGCCGAAGGAGCUCAUUGUUACGCGAAAGGGUCUUCUGGAUCCUCUCGAGGUGCAUCUCCUCGACUUCCCCAACAUAUCCAUCCGAGCAUCCGAGUUGCAGUUGCCUUUCCAGGCUGCGAUGAAGGUCGAGAAACUUGGAGAUAUGAUCUUGCGAGCCACCGAGCCGCAAAUGGUUCUCUUCAACCUGUACGACGAAUGGUUGAAGAGUAUAUCGUCCUACACUGCGUUCUCACGUUUGGUGCUGAUUCUCCGUGCCCUCCAUGUCAACCCUGACAAGACCAAGCUUAUCCUGCGCCCUGAUAAGACAGUCAUUACACAGGAACAUCACAUCUGGCCGACACUGUCUGAUGAAGACUGGAUCAAGGUUGAAACACAGCUACGUGAUCUGAUUCUCAAUGAUUACGGGAAAAAGAACAACGUCAACGUAUCUAGCCUGACCAGCAGUGAAGUCCGAGAUAUCAUUCUUGGUAUGGAGAUUUCCGCACCUUCGCUGCAGAGACAGCAGGCUGCAGAGAUCGAAAAGCAGCAGCAAGAGCAGCAGCAGCUUACUGCAGUCACGACAAAGACCCAGAACGUCCACGGAGAAGAGCUCAUUGUCACGACGACAUCGCAAUACGAGCAGCAGACCUUCGCGUCCAAGACGGAAUGGCGUACCCGUGCGAUUGCCACGUCGAACUUGCGUACUCGAUCCAACAACCUCUAUGUGUCACCUGUCGACAAUGAUCUCGAUGACAUCACUUACGUGAUGCCUAGCAACAUUCUCAAGAAGUUCAUCACCGUUGCCGAUCUGCGUGUACAAGUCGCGGGCUACCUCUACGGUGCAUCAGCUCCCGAUAACGAGCAGGUCAAGGAGAUUCGUUGCAUCGUCAUGGUGCCUCAGGUCGGUGGCCUACGCAAUGUCACGUUGCCCGAGCAGCUUCCGUCCCACGAGUACCUCCACUCGAUGGAGCCACUCGGUGUCAUCCACACAAUCGCAGGCAACGAGCUUCCCUACAUGUCUGCUGCUGACGUGACCGAGCACGCACGCCUUCUGGACCGACACCCGUCGCUUGACAAGGAUGCAUCCAUCACCGUCGAUGUAUUCUUCACACCGGGCUCUGUGUCUUUGUCCGCUUGGGGUCUUACUCCUCAGGGUUUCGCCUGGGGUGCUGAGAACAAGGACAUUGGCAGUGACCAACCGCAGGGUUUCGCGACCAACAUGGGACUAAAGCGCAAGAUGCUGCUCAGUCCGCGAUUCAAGGGUUUCUUCUUGGUCCCCGAGAACGGAAAGUGGAACUACAGCUUCAUGGGCGCUGGUUUCGAUGCCAUCGUCAAGAAGAAGGUUGACGUCAAGCUGGAUACACCACAGGGCUUUUACGCGGAUGCGCAUCGACCGUUGCACUUCCAGAACUUUGCCGAACUCGAAGACGUCGGCGUCGACAGGGAUGAUCAGUUUGCUUAG